CUCCCUUCCUUCGUUUCCCUUCCGCUUCCGCCCUCUUUGGACUGCAGCCUCAAGCGUCACUCUCUCUCCCUCUCUCUCUCUCUCUCUUUUUCUCUCGCUCUCAUUGUAUCUCUCAAACCCCCCCCCCCCCCCCCCCCAAAAUAUCCUAGCUUCAGAGAGGUCUCUGGGCAGCUACAAGCCUACCUAGUACGGACGACCUCUCCAAGCUUCUAUUACAUAUCGGUCUUGGUCGUGCUGCCGAUGCCCCUCCAUUCCAUCGCCGCAUGACGCGUUGCGAGACCACCCCGGUCGGCAAACAUCCGCUUCUUUUGUCGUCUCCAUCUCCGUCUUCUAUUACUGCCUCUCUGCCCUCUGCCCUCACUGUCGCCUCUUCCUCCUGCUGUUUUCUUCCUUACCCCGUCUCAGCUGCCGCGUGUUAUCUGAGGCCUAGCAAAGUACGGACGGAAACGGUGCACCCAGAACAGGAGCAGUAAUAGGGCGUGGGCAACAGUGGUCCGCCAUCAUCAUCAUCAUCAUUAUCAUCAUCAGGCCAUCAUUUAGCCGUUGUCUCCGGCCAAUUCCCGAGUCUACCUCACCCUGGUAUUCUCUUGCGGUCUACUCUUGCGAUCACAGCACUGGGCUCUUCUCUUGCACGAGGUUUCUCGUAUAUUCUUCCCCAUCUCCCCGGGGCCAACAAAACUUUGGAGGAGCACAACGGACGACGGCGACAACGCCAUCACAUCGGACGAGAACCACGAACCCCCCCCCUCAUGCCUUGAUAUCGAACAGCGUCUGUGCGAAACUUGAGAAGCAUAAAUUUCCCAACUGGCAAAAGACGGUCGAGACACCAUGAUUCCCGCCGCCCAGCGACUCCUGUUGUCGGCCCUGACGGCGGCGACGAUAGUUUUCCUCUCCGCCACACCGGCGUCCGCCGCUGCCGUCGCAGCCGCUCCCGCCGCCGCCGCCGCCGCCGUUCACCCCCGGCAGGCUGCUAUUCCCGUCAACGACUGGAUCACCAUCGACUCAAACGGCCAUGCCAAGACCAUCACGCCCUCCGUCGUCACCAGCAACGGGGCACUCACAACCAUCAGCCCGCCCCCCUACUCGCUGACGGGUUCCGUCUUCACCGUCACCGCAACCUCGGGCAGCGCACUCACGACGAGCACCGGCGCGCCGCCGCCGCCACAGGCGAGCAACACGCUGGGCUAUGGCGGCGUCUUCCCCGUCUGCAACAACAGGGUCGGCAAUGACUCUCCCUUCUGCUUCCCAGGACGGGGCAACACUCUGCACGUGGAGUCGACGUACUACAUCACCUGGGACACGACCUUCUUCGCAGACCCAGCCACCCCCGUCGUCAUCAUCGGCUUCGAUGUCGACAACGGCGUCACCGACAGCGCGCCCGCCUUCUCCGUCACGAACCUUGUCGGCGGCGAUGGCUGGGUGCCCUGGACCCCGCGCGUCAGGGACCUCGAAGACCGCGACUCCAACAACAUGACCAUCCUCCUCGUCUACAGCGACCCAGAAACGGGCGAGGAGAUGAACAAGACAGGCCCCGUCUUCACCGUUCGCGCCACUGUCGACACCGACCCCUCGAGCUCGCGGCCGAACUUGCUCGCUAUCCUGCUGCCCGUCAUCCUCAUCUCCCUCGCCAUCGCCGCCGUCAUGCUCUGGCUGUACAUCCGACGCCGCAGGCGCCACGCCGCCGCCGCCGCCGCCGCGCUGGAACGGCAGAACGUUCCCUACACGCCCACGAAGGGCCAGGCCCAGGCCCAGGCCCAUGCCCGCGGCAUGACGCAUGCCCACAAAAGCAGCGCCGACAUCCAGCUGGGGCCGACGAGUCCGUCCUUGGACGAGUCUCCGGGGAGGAAUGUGUUUCAGGACGAGGUCCGUAGACAGGACCGCGAGAGAAAGUAGAUUUUUUGUUUUUUCAGCGGUUGACCCAUAGGGAAAAAAAAGAAGAAGACACGAACACAACCAAAGCAACAUGCUUUUGAUUAAUGAAAGAACGGCCAGGCGGGAACUGAUAGCGUGCCCGCCAACGAAAAAGAGGACCAGAGUGGUCGCGAUCGGGCAACGAGGGCUAUUUGCUCCGGUAACGUCUUUCCGGGCAAAGAUCCCCGGUCCCGCGAUGAAGGAAACGGGCUACACGACUAUAUUAUGAUGAAUCCAUGUGGAUGGAAAUACAUUUCAUUCUCCA